ACAUGCUGAUCAAGGAGUACCGCAUCCCCAUGCCGAUGAGUGUGGAGGAGUACCGCAUCGCACAGCUCUACAUGAUCCAGAAAAAGAGCCGUGAGGAGACCUGCGGUGAGGGCAGCGGGGUGGAGAUCCUGGAGAACCGGCCGUACACGGACGGGCCUGGCGGCUCGGGCCAGUACACCCACAAGGUCUACCACAUUGGCAUGCACAUCCCCAGCUGGUUCCGCUCCAUCCUGCCCAAGGCUGCCCUGCGCGUGGAGGAGGAGUCCUGGAACGCCUACCCCUACACCCGCACACGGUACACCUGUCCUUUCGUCGAGAAGUUCUCCAUCGACAUCGAGACAUACUACAAGCCCGACACAGGGAACCAGGUGGAUGUCUUCAACCUGUCGCCGGCGGAGAGGAGACAGAGGACGCUAGAUCCCAUCGACAUUGUGAAAGACCCCAUCCCCCCUCAUGAGUACCUGGCCGAGGAGGACCCAAAGCUCUACAAGUCGGUGAAGACCAAGCGGGGGCCGCUGACAGACGACUGGAUCGAGGAGUUCAACAACAACCCCGACAAGAUGCCCAUCAUGUGCGCCUACAAGCUGUGCAAGGUGGAGUUCCGCUACUGGGGCAUGCAGUCCAAGAUUGAGCGCUUCAUCCAUGACGUAGGGCUGCGGAAGGUGAUGGUGCGGGCCCACCGGCAGGCCUGGUGCUGGCAGGACGAGUGGUACGGCCUGACCAUCGAGGACAUCCGGCAGCUGGAGCUGGAGACGCAGCUGAUGCUGGCACAGAAGAUGGCCCAGUUCAGCUGCGCGGAGGAGGCCACCGAGGCCAACGGCGCCGACGCCACCCCCGACAAGGACCAGGACGCCAAGGAGGCCAUCAGCUCCAUCGAGGCUGAGGAGGCACCCACGGGCGGGGCCGACACCCUGCAGACCCGGGCGGAGCUCACCAAGCAGUGGUCCACCUCCUCCAGGUCCUCACGCUCAUCCAAGAGAGGCGGAAGCCCCUCGCGCCACAGCAUCUCGGAGUGGAGGAUGCAGAGCAUCGCGCGGGACUCGGACGACAGCACGGACGACGAGUUCUUCGACGCACAUGAGGAUCUGUCUGACAAUGAGGAGAUCUUCACCAAGGAGAUCACCAAGUGGAGCUCCAAUGAUCUGAUGGACAAGAUUGAGACAGUGGACGCAGACGAAGCCCAGGGAGACCUGUACCAGGAAACGGGUGGAGAGUACGCUGUGACAGCCAGUGUGGAGAGACUCAAUGAGGAUGGGUCCACCCAGCCGUCCUUGCAGCCCUCCAAGAUCCACGUCCUCAUCCUGGUCCUCCACGGCGGGAACAUCCUGGACUCGGGCGGCGGGGACCAGAGCAGCAAGCAGGGCGACGUCAACACCAUCAGCACGGCCUUCGAGACGGUGAUGCGCGUGCACUACCCCGCCGCGCUGGGCCGCAUCGCCAUCCGCCUCGUGCCCUGUCCCGCCGUCUGCGCCGAGGCCUUCUCCCUGGUGUCCAACCUGAGCCCCUACAGCUAUGACGAGGGCUGCCUUUCCAACAGCCAGGACCACAUCCCAUUGGCCGCUCUGCCCUUGCUGGCCACCUCUGCCCCGCAGUACCAAGACGCCGUGGCGACAGUUAUUGUGCGGGCCAACCAGGUGUAUGGUGAUUUCAUCAAGUCCCUGGAGGGGGCGACUUUCUCCGGCCAGGUGUGUCUCAUUGGGGACUGUGUGGGCGGGAUCCUGGGCUUCGAUGCCCUUUGCAACAGCAGCCAGACUGUGUCUGAGAGCCAGAACAGCAGCCGGAGGGGCAGCGUGGUGAGUGUGCAGGACAAUGACCUGCUCUCCCCGGGGAUCAUCAUCAACAGCAGCUACUGCUCAGCGUCCUCGUCCCUGGAGGGCAGCCGGCACCUGAGCCGCAGCAACAUCGACAUCCCUCGCUCCGGCGGCCCUGACGACCCCAAGAGGCAGCUGCCCCGCAAGCGGAGCGACUCUUCCACCUACGAGCUGGACACCAUCAAGCAGCACCAGGCCUUCCUGUCCAGCCUGCACUCCAGCGUCCUGCGGAAUGAUCCGGGCUCUCGCAGAUCCAGCAACAGCACCAUGCUGGACGGGGGCAGCCUGGGAAAGUUCGACUUUGAGGUGUCGGACUUCUUCCUGUUCGGCUCCCCUCUGGGCCUGGUCCUGGCCCUGAGGAAGACAGUCAUCCCCACCCUGGAUGUGGCCCAGCUUCGUCCAGCCUGCCAGCAGGUCUACAACCUGUUCCACCCGGCCGACCCCUCGGCCUCGCGCCUGGAGCCGCUGCUGGAGAAGAAGUUCCACCUCCUGCCCCCCUUUAAUGUGCCACGCUACCAGCGCUUUCCCCUGGGGGACGGCAACUCCGCUCUGCUGGUGGAAACAGUGCAGAGCAACCCCCAGCUCCUGAUGGAGAGCGGGGUGGUCCCCUCCCUGCGCUGCCCGGAGGGCGUCAGCGAGACCUCCAUCCCUGUCCCGGUGCUAAACUGGCAGGCCGUGCCCGCCGCAGCCGAGUCAGACGUUGUUCAGUCUCAUGGUGGUGUCUUCGUGGACAGUUCGUUCCCCUCCUCCCCCGUUACCGCCCCCCACUGCCGGGGCACGCGGAGGCCCAGUGAGGUCAGCAUUGCCAGCCAGGUCUCAGGAAUGGCAGACAGUUACACUGCCUCCAACAUAGCCAACACACAAGCAUGCCAACUUAACCAUUCCAAAAAACUAAGCCUUUUAUCCCAGCUCGCCCUCCCGUACAAUAAGUCGCUCUCCCGAAGCCCCUCCCCAAAGUCCCGUAGAAAAGACAGGGCUGACAAAAGCCCAGAGGCGGACAGAGAGGGGGGCUGCUUGGAUCAGAUAGAGAAGAGCAGCUCUGUGGGCUCCGAUUUCGGGGUCGACCCGGUCUCCGAUCCGCCGUCGCCGGACCUCCAGCUGGACGCGGAGCAAGUCGCAGCCCGUUGGUGGGGCACCAAGCGCAUAGACUUCGCCCUCUACUGCCCCGACGCCCUGACCGCCUUCCCCACGGUGGCCCUGCCCCACCUCUUCCACGCCUCCUACUGGGAGUCCACUGAUGUGGUGUCCUUCCUGCUUCGACAGGUAAUGAGGCAUGAGAACUCCAGCAUCCUGGAGCUGGACGGUAAAGAGGUGUCCGAGUUCACCCCCUCCAAACCGCGCGAGAAGUGGCUGAGGAAGAGGACCCACGUCAAGAUCAGGAACGUGACAGCCAAUCACAGGGUGAAUGACGCAGUGUUCACGGAGGAUGGGCAGCAGGUGGUGAUGGGACGGUUCAUGUAUGGUCCACUGGACAUGGUCACCUUGACCGGAGAGAAGGUGGACAUCCACAUUAUGACACAACCUCCGUCAGGGGAGUGGGUUUACUUUGACACAGAACUGACCAAUAGCAGUGGCCGUAUCUCCUACGUUAUACCUGAGAACAAGCGGCUGGGCAUUGGGGUGUACCCUGUCAAGAUGGUGGUCAGGGGAGACCACACCUUUGCAGACAGCUACCUUACAGUGCUGCCCAGGGGCACGGAAUUUGUGGUGUUCAGCAUCGACGGCUCCUUCGCCGCCAGCGUGUCCAUCAUGGGAAGCGACCCCAAGGUCCGAGCCGGGGCGGUGGACGUGGUCAGGCACUGGCAGGACCUGGGGUAUCUGAUCAUCUAUGUGACGGGGCGGCCGGACAUGCAGAAGCAGCGUGUGGUGGCCUGGCUGUCCCAGCACAACUUCCCCCACGGCAUCGUGUCCUUCUGUGACGGGCUGGUCCAUGACCCCCUCAGGCACAAGGCCAACUUCCUCAAGUCGCUCAUCUGUGAGUCUCACAUGAAGAUAUUUGCUGCGUACGGGUCCACGAAGGACAUCUCGGUGUACUCCUCCAUCGGCCUGCCCCCCUCCAACAUCUACAUUGUGGGGAGACCCACCAAGAAGAUGCAGCACCAGUGUCAGUUCAUCACGGACGGGUACGCCUCCCACCUCUCCCAGCUGGAGUACAACCACCGCUCCCGCCCGGCCAAGACCAGCGGCAGCCGCAUGGUCCUGCGCAAGGGCAGCUUCGGCCUGGGCGGCAACAGCGACUUCCUGCGCAAGCGCAACCACCUGCUGCGCACCAUCUCCUCGCAGCCGGCGCCCACCUCGCCCACGGGCGCCCACGCGCGGCCCGAGCGGGCGCAGAGCCAGUCGGAGAGCGAGCGUGAGCGCGACAGGGCCGACCGCGCCCAGCGCAGCAUGAGCAUCGCCGCCAGCUGCUGGGGCCGCAGCGGCAGCACCAAGCUGGAGCCCGGGGCCUUCAGCCCCAAGUAGGCCGAGAGCCGCACGGGGGCGGAGGGU